UCUCUCUCACUCACUCUCUCUCUCUCUCUCUCUCUCUCUCUCUCUCUCUCUCUCUCUCUCUCUCUCUCUCUCUCUCUCUCUCUGAUAAUAUGCGGAGUACAGUAUAAUUAUUAAUGUACCAGUAGUCAUGGUGGAUCUGCGGAAUGUUUUCCUCAAUGCAAACUUAGCUUAAAUAACAUUUUGUGGAUAGUGGGCAGGCCCGUACCUAGCUGGAUGCAAAGGUGGAGUUGAUUCCCCAGAAUAAUACGAACAAGGGCCCUUUUAAAUUUGUGCUUAUUUGAAGAAAACCCUCUAUUACUACCCCUGUUAUUUUUUACUGCCACCCCACUUAUGAUAGAUUAGGUACGUCCCUGGUGAAUAUAUACAAAAAAUCGCCCCAACUUUCUGCUGGUAAUACGAGUAGUGCUGCAGCGCAAUAAUAAUGUCAGUGUUAUCAUAUCAAUUGUAUAAGUUACUGUCAAAAAAUACCCGUUGACCGACGCAUGCGUCACGUCGAUAUAGGUCACUGCCUUUUCGUAAUGGGCCCAUACACCAAAAUUCUUUACCAUGUUAUCAUUUGUUUUUCACCCUAACAGAACUUCCUGGUUUUAAAUUUCACGGAAUUUCACUGGGUCUGUUGUAUAUUGUCUUUAAAAAAGGUAAUAAUAAAUAAAUAAAGAAAGCGUAAUUUUCUUUCAUAUUUACGGAGGAAGAAGCGAACUGAAUACAACCUAAUUUGUACGCUACCUCUAUCUCUCACAAUGUGUGAAACUAAAAACCCGUUUACAAUAGACGACAAAAAAAUGGCGUCGUCAGAUGGAGACCAAAAAACGACUUAUUCCAGUAUUAAGCUGAGAUCAAGAGUGGAAAAAGAGUCGCCGUACCCAGAACACGGCUAUAUGACCAUUGUACCCCCAUCUCUCUCAAUGUGUGAAACUAAAAACCCGUUUACACUAGGCGACCAAAAAAUGGCGUCGUCAGAUGGAGACCAAGAAACAAUUUAUUCCAGUAUUAAGCUCAGAUCAAGCGUGGAAAAAGAGUCGCCGUACCCAGAACACGGCUUUAUGACCAUUGUACCCCCAUCUCUCUCAAUGUGUGAAACUAAAAACCCGUUUACACUAGGCGACCAAAAAAUGGCGUCGUCAGAUGGAGACCAAGAAGCGAUUUAUUCCAGUAUUAAGCUCAGAUCAAGCGUGGAAAAAGAGUCGCCGUACCCAGAACACGGCUUUAUGACCAUUAAUUCGAUAGCGGACAAGAAGACAAGCGCUGGUUAUUGGACACGGAAGCGGUGUCUUGUGCUGUUGGUUGCUGUGCUUGUCGUGGUUUCUCUGGUGUCUGCCUCUGUAGUUGUUACAAUAUAUGUAGUUAGAGCAGACGCAUCUAAAUCGUUGGGUCAUCAGCCACUUAAAAAUGGCCAACCCGAAUCGACAUCACCAACUACACCAAUGACAUUAUCAUUCCCGCCAUCCACUACUCGAAAUGUGUCAACAGUAACAUCGUCAGUGUUGACGUCGACCACGCCAAAAGAGUCAAGAAUGACAACACCGACAACUGUUUUAACAACUUCUCCACCCUUGACAACGACCAAGCCAAAAGCAACAGAGACGCCCGAUACAACUCCGACGACAACUACAACAACUCCGACAACUACAACAACCCCGACAACUACAACAACCCCGACAACUACAACAUCAACUACAACAACUCCGACAACUACAACAACCCCGACAACUACAACAACAAUAGCAACGUUACCAAUAACCAAUGUGAAAGGUAAUUGCUCCGUCUCUAAGCGAUGUCAUCAGUGUACAAGUCGUGAAUACCACGGACGGUGCCAGGCAAAUGGAACCAUGGAUACGGUGCAGUAUGGCAUGACUACCACAUGCGACACGGCUUGUUUCUCUGAAGUCAGGGCACCAGAUUACAACUAUGUCUACCGUGGGUGUCUCUCCUAUGUGAUGGAACCAGUAAAAAUAGCUGCAGCACAGGCCACAGGUAGCUGUUUCCGAGUGGAAAACUACAUAACUGCUGGUCUCAGUACAUACUGCCUCUGUUGUGACGAACUGUGCAAUACACUUGAUAUGACUAUAUAUGGUGGAAAGAACUGUUUACCACCAUCUUAUUGUUAAAUUCUGAUUGGAUGAUGUCACUAAAACUAAUUUUGUUUUUGUUUGUAAAAAAAAUCCAACAAAAUAAACCACACACACACACACACAGCAAAAAAAAAAAAAAGGAGAAAAAACAACAACAAAAACAAACAACUAAACCUAAUUACAAAAUACACAAUGAUUAUUCAUGAUUUGUAUAUUCAUUAGACAUCAACAGGUAGUAAUAAUUUCGAUUGUGGUUCGUCAGUGAUAUUCUUCCAACAUUUUACAAUUGAAAUUUUUUCAGAAACAUGACAUACAGAACAAUAACAAUAUGUUAAUAAUAAACAGAUGGAGAAAGUCUGACAGACAUACAAACAAACAGACAAACAGAGAGACUGAAUUGUCAGAACUUGAAACCAUAAUCUGAUGUACUAUUUUAAACACCUCGAGCAGAAUUUACGACACCUGGUUUGUUUGGUUGGGUUUUUUUUUGGGUUUUUUGGGGGUUUUUUUUUUUUU